AUGGAUAUAUCAGUAAGAAAGUCUCGGUCGGCGUGUAAUCGUUGCCACGCGCAGAAACUCCGAUGCGUACGACAGCCCGGACAGCUGCAUUGUGAGCGAUGUCUGAAGCUGGACACGAUCUGUCAAUUCGCACGCCGGGCACCACGGGGGUCCAAGAAACGGCAAUCUGCGCAAACACCAGAGCAGCCUACCGUUAAUCCGAAUGUAUCCAUGCUCCCUACAAGGACCGACAUUGAUUCAGUCCUGGGCCUCUGGCCGGUACAAGAUGACUCGUCGGAUCCUCUGCGCCUGUCGAACAGCGAUGUAUUCAACCAGGGAGUCCACUUCGAAACCACGACGGAAGAGUCCCUGCUGUGGUCUCCAGACAGCCUCCCGUUGUCGAACCUCAUCCAGGAUCAGGAGAUAGUAGCCAUACGGUCGCCAUCUCCCGUGACGAGUAUCCACGAGCUAGCAAAUCUGAGCAUCGCCGAUGCCACCCGUCAAAACACAUGCAAUUCUCGGGAAAUGAUGCCAUUCGUAUUCGACGAGCUUUUCCGCCUCACCACGGGGUUUAUCGAUAUCAUCACGCAGAUUCUCAGCGGUAGACUCGCAGACGAAGCAACAACCCUGAUGGUCGGAUCCUGCUACUCGCGGCUCUUGAGAAUAUACACGACCAUCUUCUCGCUGGUGCAGCGCUGUAUCCGACAUUCGCCACCGCCGCCGCGGAAUCCUGACUGGGUUAUCAUCCUGCCCCAGGUGCAGAUGGGUUCCGUCCUCACUUCGCCUGCAAUACGCGUGGAUGCAGAAACAACCGUCUCGUCAGAUAAGGCGUCUAUGUACAUGUCGAUGAUUGUUGUAUUCUCAUGGCAGCUGUGGGCGCGGAUGACGGAUACGGUCAAGGGGCAUGCGGCAGAAGUGGUCUCUGGAUCGAGCAUAGUGCCUACUAUAUGGACGGAGAUGAUGAACCGGAUGGAUUGUCUUUUGCAGACUAUCGAGAGCACUAAGAGUUUACUUCCGUGA